AUGUCGCGUCCCGAAGACUUGCUGCCGCCCGACCUCUUCUACAACGAUGUCGAAAGUCGCAAAUACACCACCAACAGUCGUAUCAAGAACAUUCAAGCAUCCAUGACAAACCGCGCCCUCGAACUCCUCGACCUACGAUCACCAUCUCUAAUCCUCGAUCUCGGAUGCGGUAGCGGUCUGUCCGGCGAAAUCCUCUCGCAAGUCGAGCCAGAAGAAGGAGGACCACACACAUGGAUUGGCAUGGAUAUUUCAGCGUCUAUGCUGGGACAAGCACUUGACAGAGACGUUGAUGGAGAUUUGAUGCUUGCGGAUAUUGGACAGGGUGUUCCCUUCCGUCCUGGCUCGUUCGAUGCUGCCAUCAGUAUUUCGGCUAUUCAAUGGUUGUGUAAUGCAGAGUCGAGCGAUGUCACACCUGAAGGUCGUCUAAAGCGCUUCUUUGAUGGCUUGUAUGCUUCUCUUCGCCGUGGUGGUCGUGCAGUCUGCCAAUUCUACCCUAAGAACAAGGUGCAAAGGAAUAUGAUCAGUGCCGCUGCAGUCAAGGCCGGCUUCGGUGCUGGUAUUCUCGAGGACGACCCAGGCACCAAGAGCGAGAAGUUGUACCUUGUCCUCACAGUCGGUGGUGGUGAUCUUGGAAGAGAGCAGGAGGCAGCAAGUAAAGAUAUCACUGGUGUUGUCAAUGGCUUGACCGAUGUCGACAUUCAGGAUGCCCGUCGCAAGAGAGAUCAACGCUCGCGCAAGGACAUGUCAAGAGUCAAGGGCAGCAAAGCUUGGAUUACAAGGAAGAAGGACCAGAUGGAGAAGCAGGGCAAGGUUGUCAAGCCAAACUCCAAGUACACUGGCAGAAAAAGAAAGAUCGCUUUCUAG